AUGGUCAACUUCACCCGCCUUACUUGCCUGCUGGCUAUCGCCAGCCUCACCUCAUCCCAAUCCCUCUCCUCCUCCGCAGGAUCCAGCAAACCUUCCAGUGCAACCUCUAGGCGAAGUGGUAUCGUCAAAGGGUCAAAUCGUCCGGUCACAUCUGGAGUGGCUGCGCCCACCGGCGGUCAGACAAACUCUACCUCGGCACCACCUGAUUCACUUCUUCCACCACUCUCUCUCCUGGACAGCAAAUUGAGAAUUCGACAAAUUCAACAUCCUCAAGUGGAGACUAGGGUUGGACCUCCACUUUCCGGGCCCGUCCCUGGCGGAACAGCAGCCCCUCUCCCUUCCAGCGACGCACCAAGUGCGACAAGGAGAUUCACUGGUAUCUCGCGUCGUCAACAAGCUUCUUCCAAUGCAUCACAGGGCAGCAGUCUACCAGCGAAGCCUUCAAAUCCACGUCCUUCCGGGCCACCAUCAUCCGGCGUGCCUUCAGCUGAUCCUGAUGUCCAGGAGCAGAAAUUCUCCAAGCUGCCACCUAACUUUGACUCGAUCGCCAGAGCCACACCUCGCGCUACUAAGGCUAUUGCACAAUUUGUGUGA